CAGCUGCAUUUAUCCCAGCUCUGUACUGCACCAUGGGCAGCUUCAGGCCGGGACACUGGCCCCUGAUCCUGGUUCACAUGCUUCUGCUGCAGCUUCAGUCGGUAAAGGUGCAGAGACUUGAUCCUGUGUCCCAAAAGCUACGACGGCUCAACGAACAGUUCCAGCAGUUCCAGGCCUUGACCCAGGCCCGUUUGGACAUGUUGGCCCUGAACCAGAACAGGAACUCCUCAAAGGGGCUGGAGAACCGUGUUCAGGCCCUGAAUGACUAUUAUCAUCACAUGUCACAGGAUCUUGAACACCUAAAGCAGAGCACAACACAGGAGAUAGAGGGUCUCAGGGAGUGGAGUAGGAAGCUCGAGAAGAGGAGUAAGCGGAUGGAGGGUCGUCUGGCUUUGAUGGAGAGACACUUGAGGGAAAACCGCCGCCACAAGCCUGGCCUUGGUCAGGACUUCUCCAACCUUACCUUGGAGCUACAAAGCCUAGAGGAAAGGCUGGCUGCCCUUCAAGCCCAGCGUGAUGAGCUGUUAGUGGGGCUGAAAGGGUUGCAGGAAUCCCUGAAAAACCAGGUGCUACGUGUGACCCAACUAGAAGGACGGCUGGGUGAGGUCCUGCAGAGGAACGGAAAGCAGAACAUCAGGGGUUCGGCAAGAGUAAGGGAACCUCUCAGCUCCAGCAUCACACCUCAAGAAUACUACGAACCACACACAAGAGCCAAGACCUAUAGAGGACGGAGGCCUGGAAGGAUUCUGGAUGGACAAACCCAUUCCAGACCAGAAGGAAUCAGAAGUCAAACCAAGACUGACAGUAAUUCACAGGCCAGACCAUAUUACACAACAAACCAGCCAAAAGAUUCAAAAGCCCAGAAGCCAAGACUCCAGCCAGACCCCCAUUCACAGACACAAGUUAGGUACCCUAAACCCCAGCCCAAAGAUUACCUGUCCCAGCCUGACCCUUACCGACCCCAGUCACAGAUCCAGAUGCAGGCCCAGACUCGGCCUUACCCAAUCCAGCAGGAACAGCUCCAGCCUUAUCAGUCUGUGCCUUAUCAUCAUCCCCAGGUCCAACAACCAUUCCAGUCUCAGUUACAGCCUCAGAGAGAACCCCAGCUACACAACCACAAUUAUUUCUCUUGGCUCCAGCCCCUGUCCCAGGUUCAAACGCAUCCUGAACCCUCCAAAGAGAGGCAGAGCGGGACCAGACUGGGGGCUCUGGAGCUUCAGGCCUCCGAUGUUCUCCCUCAACCACAGUCUGAGUCUUCUCAGCCCAGGAAUAGCAGGUGGAAAGGUGAAGGGGAGGAAGAAAGUGACAGCAAGGUAGAGACUUCAGUGAUCCAUAACUUUUUCCAGCUUCCUGUGCGGCACAAGAUCCCAGCACGGCCAGUUCCUAAAAAGGAUGCAGUCAUCUGUAACAUGGACUCCAUGUUGUUUUUCCCCUCUGCAUCGGCGGAGAACUAUGUUACGUUCUCCCUGACUCUCCCUGACCUUCCUGAACUUUCUGUGUGUCUGUGGGUCCAUGUGGAGGCCUCACAUGUUGGCACACUGCUCUCCUAUGCGACAGAUGACAAUGAUAACCAGUUAGUUCUAUAUGGACACAAGUCCUCUGCUUCAUCUACAUCCUCCUCUGCUUCAUCUUCCCACCCCUCCUACUCCUCUUCUCCGCUCUCACCAACCCCAUACCUCUCUGCUCCUUCACCCUCCCUGGACUUUGUCAUUGGAGACCCUGUUUUUCGUAGUCUCCCCAUGUCGCUACUCCUGGACGCUCGCUGGCACCACCUCUGCAUCCUCUGGUCCUCCAUCCAGGGUAAUUUCUGGCACUACACUGACCGUCGUCUCACUUCUUCAGGCUCCAACUUCAGGAAGGGCUGGGAGAUUCCAGGAGGUGGAUCAGUGGUGCUGGGGCAGGAGCAGGACUCUGUUGGUGGAGGGUUUGACCCCACAGAGGGCUUUGCUGGGCAGUUGGCAGGAUUCAGGGUAUGGAACCGGGUGCUGAGCCAGUCAGAGGUGGAAGGGGUGGCAGAAGGGAGAGGUGUGCCCAGAGGGGUGGUACUUGACAUGAAGGAUAUAAAGGAGGUUCAUGGGGAUGUGCAGCAGGUGGCAUGUGAAUGUUUAGAGCACUGUAUGUGAUAAAGCUAUUAAGGGGGAUUCAAAUGAAGAGUUGUUUAACUGAGUCCUGCAGGAAUGUUAACUGUUUCUUGCUUUUGCCCUUAAUAAGAGACUGCCCUUUGUUUAUUGCCUGUUCUUGGA